CUUGCGACCGAGCGAGCAAGCGAGUGAAGAAAUCAUGCAUUGGGAGGUGUGUAUAUGAGAUCGGCCGGGCGGGAGGGAUGGUUUGUGCUCGUCUGUGGCUGCUGAAAUCGUCGUCGUCGUCGUCGCCGGCGUGGUCAGACAGUCUCGGCUGCACCCCAAGGACCUAUCUUGAACAAACUGCCACCACAAUCUGGUGCCACUCGCUCCAGGUCGCAGUCAGGUGCCACACCCAGGAUUCGUCCUUCUCCCUGACCAUCCUUUCUCGGUCUGUGUCUGGACUGAGCACGACUCGCCGCUCAGCAGCCACUGAUGCCCCCUCUGCCCCCGUCUGACGAGGUAUCUCGCCUUUACCUUGCUCGCAGGGUGUGGUACACUUCCCCCCCCCCCCCC